CUUGCCCUUAUUUUGUGAUCGCGACUACCCCUAAUACCUUACAACUCGAAAGUAGGUCUCAAAUUUACGACGCGUUGUGCCGCGACAGGAAAAAUCUCAUUGGGGAGAACGACGACCAGUGAAAGACCCUUGUUGGUCUGCUUUAGCGCUAAAAUUUGCAUGUCCAACUAUAAGGCACGCCUUGCGCAGACAGGUAUCGUGGCUGGGGACAUCGCAGCCUCAGCCUUCGACGCCACAAAAAUGUGACCAUUCUUAAACCAGGGAAAUCGCUAGAUCCUUUUCCGCAGCAAUAAUGAGGAGAGAUUGAAGACGGCGGUAAAGACUGUGGCGUCCACUGCUAGCUGAAAGUGUGAAACAGCACGCGCACGGCAGCGAGAUAAUUAUAGACGCAGCCUUGUCGUCGACGCUACAAUAUAACCUGACAUUUCCUCCUGUAUUUUGACUUCGAGAUUAUUAAUUUUCGAUACAGGCAAUGUCGACACUCAGAUCUAUUAUAUCGCAAGUCUAGCCUCCCAAAGGGGCUGUCAUUCUGCAAAUAUCAAGCGUGCAAGCCUGGUCUAUGGAGAAACUCUGAUUCCAUUAUAUCGCAAGUCUAGCCUCUCGAAGGGGCUGCCGUUCUACGAAUAUCAAGCGUAGCAAGCUUGGUCUCUGGAGAUAUAUAUUACAAGUCUAGCCCCUCGGAUGGUUGUCGUUCUACGAAAAUAAAGCGCAGCAAGCUCGGUCUCUGGCGAUCCCAGAUUGUCACAACUCUCGCAUGCUCAACUUUACGCAUAGCCCCUCAAAGGCCUUUCAUCGUGCCACAAAUACCAAGCGCAAGAAGUUCGGUCUCUGACUAUUACUCGAGUUGAACCCUACAAAUCGGCUCACUGCCUACAUAUCUCAUAAAAUGCUUUCUUCACGUGGAUGCAUCUUUGUCCUAAUUUGGGCUUACUCCCAAGUUGCCCAAGCAUAUACAAAGUUUGAACCGGAGUGCACGAAUCCUAAAGAGGCUGUCAAUUUUGUCUCUUCGCCUCCCACACGUGGGACAUUGGAUAUACUAUGGAGCUCUCUGUUCACUAUAUUUGCAUGCACCUGGUCUGUUCUACACCUUAAUGUACCGCAGCAGAGAGUCAACCGGGACCCUGGGAUACUGGGGGAUCUCAAGUGGGGGAUAAAAACAGUUUUGAGCAAAACAAAAUGGAUGCUCUACACGGUUUUGGCCCCUGAAGUUCUUCUGCUCUAUGCUGUCGCAAGACUCGUCAGUGCUUGGGAACAACACCCAGAGAUAAAAGCUUUCGCUGACGCCGACCGAGUUCCAUGGACGCUAGCCCAUACGACAUUCGCAGAUAUGGGCGGGUUUGUUGUACGAGGCAGGUCGGAUCGUAUUGGCGGAGUAUCCCCUGGAUCUGAGAUGCCCACGGCCCCAAUCCAGACACAGGUUAAUGAAAGUGACCCAAUCUCGGAUUACGCCAACGAGUGGUAUAUAUUGGAUCUAAAAACUAUUCGGAGGUUGCGAUCUGAAGGGCAUAUCACACUUCCUUGCAUCCUUAAGGCUGAGAUAGAUGACCACUCAAAGGGGGAUACCUUCACCAAGGUUAUAGCCGCCACUCAAAUCAUCUGGACGAUUGCGAAUGCUAUUACCCGAGCCUGCCGAGGCCUUGCAAUCUCCCAGCUAGAAGUAUCCGUUGUAGCGUUCGCAGUUUGCGCACUUCUCAUCUAUGCCAGUUACUGGUAUAGCCCCAAGGACGUAUCGGUCCCAAUAACUUUUCUCCAGUGGAGAGGGCCUGUACCUUCUACAAUUGCAAAGAUCAUCGUUAAGGGGGUAGUCUCGACUCGUCCCAAACGAUAUGUGGGGGUCAAAACAGGCCAAGCCCCCUUUAGGAAUACCUUCGCCUACGACAACAAGAGCAGGCUCGAUGUCUACACGCUUUUUUGGGGCGCUUUCUUCUUUGGCGGACCGCACCUUCUGGCGUGGAAUUUUACGUUCCCUACCCCAGCCGAGAGGAUUAUAUGGCGAGCAACAUCGUUAUAUUGUUCGUCAGUUGGACUAAUAAUAUAUUUUUUUUUCUAUGUCCUAGAAAAGCCACUGAAGAAUCUCGAUAUCGAAUGGUCAAACACCUCUAGAUUCUUGGACUUCCUUUCAUAUAUUAUCAUGGCAAUUUACCUAUUAGCACGGCUCUUCCUGCUUGUUGAAACAUUUAGGACUCUUCUUUUCUUACCCCCGAGCGCUUAUAUUGCAACCUGGACCUCAAGCGUGCCUAUGUUUGGCUAAGGAUUAGGUAGCUCAUAAUAUCUGUAUUGUAUCUUUCAUUACAUACCUAAGUAAUUAAGAGCAUCUAUUAUACCGUCAACUACUGUAUAUGACGCAAUUUUAGAUAAUCUUAAGUGGUUAAGAGCGUUGGUUUACUCUGUAGUUCCUAUAAACAGUGUCAUAAUAGACAGGCUCUAGUGAGUAAGAG